AUGGAUAACAUAUUAGGUAACAGUGUAAAUUUUGAAGAUACUGUUGAUGCAACCAAUAUGGAUUGGCCAACAGAAUGGGAUUUAGCCUAUGAUUUAUGUCGAACGUUACCAGUGACAGGCUGUGAUGAAAGCUAUAUGACGAUUAAUAAUGAAAAUGAAGUAUCUAUAUUGAAUAGAACGAAAGUUACACCCACACAAUCACGAAAACGAAAUUUUUCAAAUACUGCAUCAUCUGUAACUCCUUUAAAACGUCGAAAUACAACUUUGAUAAUGCCUGGCGACACUAUAAAUGAAACAUUAUUAAAUGAAAUUGUGAGUAAAUGA